UAACAUGGGUGAAAGAUUUUUUUAAGACCCAAUGUGAUUAGGAAGAUGCGAAAGCUGUUUUGGUUUUUAUUAAUUUUGGUGUUAUCUGAUGAUGGAACUGCAAGAAAAUCGCGUAGGAAUAAGAAGCAUUACACAUCGCCUGAACCUACGGUGGCAUAUAUUGACGAGCCCGAUAUUGUUUCUUUUAAAACAUCUGUAGUCACAGAUUAUCGAAACAUAAAUUGCGAAGAAUUUGCAUUGUAUGCAUUGAAUUGUACAAUUACAGCUGCAAUGACGUAUAAUUCAACGAAGAAAUCACCACCGGAACCUUAUAGGCUCCCUUAUUGGUGCGCGGCUAUUAAACAUUUGACAACGUGUGCGAGGGAAUGGAAUUUAGACUGCAAAGAUGUAACAAAUAGUCGUUUCAACGAAGAAAGUAUUAGUGGACACAACUUUGUCAUUAGUAGAAUAUGUGAGGAUUCAAACUUUCUUGCUAAAUACGACGAGUUACCGUAUUGUAUUGACAGUGUGUCUGAGCGAUGGGAGAAAUGUUAUUUAGAUUUCGGUACGACGGCGGACAAUCUUAAGAAAAAUUCUACAAAGGAAUGGUCACAUUUUGAGUCACAUUUUUAUUUAUGUUGUGCAAAAGCAAAGUUCCGUCGCUGUACAUUCGACGCCUUAUUCAGUGGUGCGACAAAUUGCACCAAGGAUCAGGCUUUCACGUUGCAGCGGUUUUCGGUUAUCAUUUCUGAAGGAGAUGUCUUUCAGGAUUGCGACUUCAAUAUGGUAUACCACUCUUGUCCAGGCGGCGAUCCUCGUCCGUUAAGCCUCAGAGCUGGUGUUGUCACUUUAUCUAAUUUUAGUAAAGUCGCAAGUAAUGACGCAGUGUUUUUGACUUCCUCUUUACCCUGCCUUUUUUACUUUGUGUAUUUACCACUUUUGUAA